AUGGAGAAGCCUGCAAGGUGGGUGAAGAUACACGGGAUGCACCAAGAUCAAAGGAAUGAGCAGAACAUGGUGGCGAUAGGAACCCACUACUUCCCUGGUUUCCUCAAUCUCGACAGGGCAAGUCUGGAAUUUAUGGGCUAUAGGAGAUUCUUAAGGAUUCUGGUGGAGGUGGAUCUCAGGGAGUCGAUUCCAAUAGGGUUCGACUUCCCAUUCACAGAUGAAAAUACAGGGGUGGAUUACUGCAAUGUAAUUGACUUCAAGUACGAAAGGCUUGUGGAGUUGUGCUAUUUCUAUGGGUGA